AUGACGUUCUAUAGGAAGUAUUUCCCAGAGUCGGUGAGAGAAACUAAGGAGUUAUAUCUUAUGCAGCGGAAGCAAAGCUCAUUGUCUGUGGCCAAGUACACUAGUUGGUUCGAGGAACUCUGUAGGUUUUCUAGGGUGUGUCAAGGUGCCCCGGAGUCCUACGAGAGUUGGAAGUGUAUAAACUAUCAAAGGGAUUUGAAGGACACCAUUAUGAGUGCUGUGGCUCCUUUGGAGAUACGGGUGUUUUAUGAGCUUGUGAAUAAGGCAAGGGUGGUGGAGGAGUGUGCUAAGAAAGUGACAUUGGCAAGAGAUAAUCGAGGAAGAAACAAUGUUAGAGGCCGAGGCAAGUACUUUCAGCCGUGGGGUCAGAACUUCAAGAGGGGAGGACAUGUCCCUCAAGGUCAAGACAACAUUAGGAGGCCCAUUUUUGAUAAGUACCACCAGGCGAGAGGAAGAGGUGGAUGUUUUACAUGUGGAUUAUCUGGACAUCUGGCGAAGGAUUGCCCUCGUGGGAGGAACCUGAAUGCGGGUCGAAAUCAACACCAAGGAAGGGUGUUUGCUGUGAACACAAAUGAUGCGGCUAAGGGGGAUCCUUUAAUGAAAGGUAUAGGUUUAAUUGGUGAUAAAAUAUUGGUUGCAUUAUAUGAUACUGGAGCUUCGCAUUCUUUUAAUACAUUUGAUAAAGUUGAGGAACUAGGAUUGAAAAUUUCAGAAUUAGCUUUUGAUUUGCAUGUGCAUACCCCGUAUCAGGCAGUUGUGACAAAAUUAGGUUGUAGGCACAUCUUUCAAGCUCGAGAGUAG